AUGGAAGACGCGACCACACCCCGCUCCAGGCUGGUAGGCCAGCCUCUUCUCUACGCCAUCUCUGUCUUUGCUAGUUUAGGCGUAUUUCUGUUUGGGUACGACCAAGGUGUGAUGAGCGGCAUAAUUACUGGUCCCUACUUUCGAAAGUAUUUUAAUUAUCCCGGUCCCCUCGAGGUCGGAACCAUGGUUGCAGUACUAGAAAUCGGUGCUCUAAUAACAUCCGUAGCCGCAGGACGCGUUGGAGAUAUAAUUGGUCGGAAGGGAACUCUAUUCGUAGGGGCCGUAAUUUUUACUGUCGGAGGCGCCAUUCAGACCUUCACAACUGGAUUUUGGACGAUGAUUAUUGGCCGAAUCACUAGUGGCUUUGGUGUUGGUCUGCUUUCAACAAUCGUACCAAUCUAUCAAAGUGAAAUAUCGCCUCCCGAUCACCGCGGCGCCCUGGCUUGCAUGGAAUUUACAUGCAAUAUCAUCGGCUAUUCAUCGUCUGUUUGGACGGAUUAUUUCUGCUCCUAUAUUGAAGGGAAUCUUUCUUGGCGAAUACCGCUUUUCGUACAAUGUGUCAUUGGCGCUAUCCUUGCUGGAGGUUCAUUACUCAUGCCUGAAAGCCCACGCUGGCUUAUUGAUGCGGAAAGAGAAGUAGAUGGUCUGCGAGUCAUCGCCGAUUUGCACGGUGGGGAUCUCGAUGAUCCAACUGCAAUAGCCGAAUAUGACGAGAUCAGAGAGAAAGUUCGGGAAGAUCGUGAAUCCGGCGAGGGAAGAUCAUACGGAGUGAUGUGGAGCAAGUAUAAACGACGUGUUUUAUUGGCAAUGUCGUCUCAAGCUUUUGCCCAGCUGAAUGGCAUCAACGUCAUAUCAUAUUACGCACCUCGGGUGUUUGAAGAGGCAGGCUGGAUUGGGCGGCAGGCUAUUCUAAUGACUGGAAUAAAUUCGGUCAUAUAUGUUUUGAGCACCAUUCCGCCGUGGUAUCUUGUUGACCGCUGGGGGCGCCGUGCAAUUUUGCUUUCUGGCGCGGUCAUAAUGGCUGCUGCAUUGGUCGCAACCGGUUGGUGGAUGUAUAUUGACGUUCCCCAAACCCCGAACGGCGUGGUCAUCUGUGUCAUCAUUUUCAACGCUGCUUUUGGAUACAGUUGGGGUCCCAUUCCUUGGCUGUACCCUCCCGAGAUUAUCCCCCUCAACUUUCGGGCAAAGGGUGUAUCAUUAUCGACGGCAACUAAUUGGGCAUUUAACUGGGUUGUGGGAGAGAUCACACCGUAUCUCCAAGAUCUCAUUGCAUGGCGACUGUACCCAAUGCACGGCUUUUUCUGCAUUUGCAGCUUUAUCUUAGUGUACCCGGAGACCAAGGGCGUUCCUUUGGAGGAAAUGGAUGCUGUCUUUGGAGAGGACGCAUUGCAGGAACAACUUGAAAACGAAUCUGAACGGACUUCGCUGAUCCUUCCAAGUCAUGAUGUGUCAUCACGACUCCCGCGAAUCCCUAAUGAACAGAACUGGUUCUCACGACUGGGGCGGACAACUGAACGCCCUCGUUAUGAACCGAUUACCGAUGUCACUGCAGAUGAGCAGCGGUAG